AUGCACUCAACAUGUUCAGUAUGCACUCAACAUGUUCAGUAUGCACUCAACAUGCUCUCAAACGCAAGCCAUCACCACUACCUCUCACGAUUCCACCACCAUCUCCUUCCUCCCUAUUCCUCCUCACCCGUCCGCUUUUUCCUCCCUUUCCUUCCCCCAUCCCUCCAAUCCCCUCACCGGUCGUCACACCCCCCAGGCGAAAACGCCGUCGCCUCCAGCGUGCUGCUGAUCGCGGGCAUCGCAGUCCGCUGCACGGACCAGCGCAUGGCGAAGCAAGCCGUGGCCUCCAGCGACGCCACUGCCAUCCGCGACCCGGCCCUCCCCGACGCGCCCGACGCGGCCCUACUGCUGAUCGCGGACAUCGCAGUGCGGUGCACGGACCAGCGCACGGCGCUGCGCCCCUCCAUGAGCGAGGUGGUGAACGCGCUGCAGGCGGUGCGGCGGCAGCACCUGGGGGGCGACGAGGAGGAGCAGAAGAAGGCGGACUCAGCGGUGCUGGUGGACGCGGAGAUAGAGGCGAUGCGCGUGGAGCUGAGGGGGCGCGAGGACACACUGGACGAGGAGCUCAGUGCCGUCAUGCGCUCCAUGGCCACGCCCCGCGGGGCCGCUGCCGCUGCUGCUGCUGCCACCCAUGGGUUCCCGCCCGUGUCUGGUUCGGGCGGUGGGUCUGGUGCUGCUGGGAGUGCUGACUCUGAAGCAGCAGACACGCGGGUGACCAUUCACGACCCCCACCCGUUCCCCACGGCCUCUGAAGCGGCUGCUACCGCUGCUGCCACUGCUGCUGCUGCAGCUGCCGCGGGCGCCAAGGCAAGCGAGCAAGAGGAAAUCCAAGAGGUGUCGCUGCAGUUCUACCUUGACAAGCCCGCACCCGCCUCACACACCCCACCGCCCGCCCCACCACCCGCAGAACAGCCUGCACCGUUCCAGUUCUCUCCUGCACCAGACCCUUCCUUGCCCCCGCCUGGAAGUAGCGGCUAUGGUAGGGCGCCGGGUGGUGGUGGUGAAGCAGGGAGAGGCCAGGACAAUGUGUUGUCUGUGGACGACUCACAGCAGGGCGGGGCUUGGGAGGAGCACCCCCCGCAUGGGGAUGUGCAUGUGCAUGUGGGAGGGCAGCAAGCUGCUUCACCUCCCCCACCGCUCUUCAGGCAGCAUGAACUCGAACCUGCGCCCGGACUUGAACCUGCGCCCGGACUUGAACCUGCGCCCGGACUUGAACCUGCGCCCCACGAUGAAUCCGAGCCUGAGCUCGAGCGUGAACCUGAGGGUGGCACUGGAUUCGUGCACACGGCUGGACGUGGUCCUGGGCAUGGUGCUGGGCCUGUGCAUGGGGAUGGGGAGGCGCCCAUUGCACUUCACGCACAGGGGGCUUUCAUGGGAGAGCUGCAAUACGCCGCUCCUGCCUCUGCUGCUUCUGCCCCUGCUGCUGCUACCUCUACUGCAUCUGCCUUGUCUGCUGGUGCUGCUGGCAUGGCUGGGGCAGAGGAUUCCGAUGCUGAAUCUUUCUCGUUCGGGAACCUUGCUCCCCAAACUUCUUCUGCUGCCCUCACCCCUCCACCUGUCCUCACCCCUCCACCUGUCCUCACCCCUCCACCUGUCCUCACCCCUCCACCUGUCCUCACCCCUCCACCUGUCCUCACCCCUCCACCUGUCCUCACCCCUCCACCUGUCCUCACCCCUCCACCUGUCCUCACCCCUCCUCCUGCCCUCACCCCUCCUCCUGCCCUCACCCCUCCUCCUGCCCUCACCCCUCCUCCUGCCCUCACCCCUCCUCCCACCCUCACCCCUCCUCCUGCCCUCACCCCUCCUCCUGGCCCCGCCCCUCCUCCUGCCCUCACCCCUCCUCCCACCCUCAACCCUCCUCCUGCCCUCAACCCUCCUCCUGCCCUCAACCCUCCUCCUGCCCUCACCCCUCCUCCCGCCCUCACCCCUCCACCUGGCCUCCGCCCACCACCAGGCAGGACCACAACCCCAGCAGCGCCUGUCCCACAGCCCGCACCUGCGUUGUCAUCACAGCUAUCACUGGGCGUCACAGCUCUGAUGUCUGAGGACUCCACCCAAGAUGAUGACCCACUGGCAGAAACACCAAGCUCCGACGCGCCCGACCCCGACUCAUCCCACACGUCAGACCCCGCUGGAGCAUCAGGGGGUUCUUCUAUCAGCCAGCAAGAUUCAAGUGGUCCGGGGGAUUCUUCUGGCUCUGCUCGCAAGAGUUCACGCAAGGGUGGCCGGAAGGGUCGUAGAGGGAGGUGA